AUGGCGCCAAGGGAUUUUUUCUCCCGUUCCCGAAUUCUCCAACACAGUCCUGAAUACCGUCUCCAUGCGGCAUGUCUACGAAGCAUAAUUUCAUACGCGAUUUCCGAUUCCCUUCCUUCACCUUCGCCAGCAAACUCUUCCUCGUGUUUACCUUCUGUACUGGCCUUCUUCUCUUCUCUUCUCUUCGCUAUCAUCUCCAUGUUCUCUUUCGUCACGCCGUCAUUGUCAUCCUUUUUUUUUUCACUUUCCGCCCUCUCCUCUUCGCAACAAAACGCGUCCAGUUCUUUCCCUCACUCUUCGAACUCCUCCUCCUCCUCAUCAUCCUCCGGAGGCGCUAUUCACUCGUCUCAUGUCAUAGCAUUUGCCGACGACGCCUUGCUUUCCAAGGCCUACAUUGCCUGGAACCUUCGUGUGGACCGUCAGUUGGAAGCCGAUCGUCUUUUGGUAUACCAUAUUAAGCAGGGUUGGCUACCACUUUGUCGGUUUCUCAACCUCCCUCCGCCGCAGCUGGCCUAUCCCCACGUGAACCGACCGCCCUACCACAGCCGGACACAAGCAGCGUCUCAUCUUUCCCACUGUCGUCGGGGUGCCCUCGCCUGGAGACUAGUGGUUCUGAGACUGUCCGGAGUGGCCGUCGCCAUAAAUACCGCCACGUCUUGGCUCGUCCGUCUCGUGGGCCGAGUGGAGGGUUGA